AUGCUACGAAAUCUUUGGAAAAAGCGAGUUUAUCUUAAAUGUCUAGUUCCUUCGUUAUUUGUAGUAUUUUGUUUUUUAAUAAUACUUUCUGAUGCUAAAAUUAUAACAAAUUCGUAUUAUGAAAAUGGAUCAAUAAUGGUAACCCAAGUUGAUACUUAUUCUGAUAAUACAAUUUUAGUAUUACUUAAAUCUAGUAUAGAAUCAUGCGCAGACAAUACAUUAUACUUUCGUAUAAUUUCUACAGACGGAACUGUGACCAAAUAUGAUUAUUACAAUAAUACUAUACCUUCGAAUAAUUUUUGUACACCCACAACAAUUUAUACAAAUGGAACCGGUAUUAUUAUAUUACCAUCAAGAACUUUUGGGUCGUAUGGUGAUAAUAUCGUUAUUUAUGCACUAUCUAAGCCAUUAAUCCUUGUAACAUAUUAUUGCAAUUAUCCUACGCAAUCCUAUCAAAGGUGUGGAAUUAUAGUAGAUUGGUUCUCUAAAAGUGUUCGAGGAGAUGUGAUUAUAUUUAGUAAAACUUGUACAGUUAUCCAAAUAAUUAAAAGCUAUAAGGGCGGUGGAUUUUUGUACACAUGUUACGAUAAAACAACCAACAUUUUAACUUGGACACCAUAUAUAUUGAAUACAAAUGGUUCAGUCACGGAAAGAUCAAGUGGCCAAACCAGCGAAAUUUCUCAGAUUUCCAAUAUGACACAAUUUUCAAAAUAUAUCAACAUUUUUCCUAUUGAGAAUGAUGAUUACGGAUUAGCUUACACUAAAAUUGUGCCCCAGUCUGGACUAGGGAUAACAAGUUCAACAACUAAAUGGUCACUUUACGUAAUGUGGAUUUCCAGCAAAGACUCUUCGAUGACAGGAGAUGUAUCUAUAUAUGAUUCACAGCCCGGUACAAAUACUAUUGAUUAUAAUUUGUACCAAUGUUCUGUUGCACAUGAUGCAAUUGGAUACAACUGCUUAGUAUAUACUAAACGAACUGAUAAAACUGUAUACGUCGUUAUUAACUUUUGGAUAUCUGGCAAUGUCAAUAAGACGUAUGAAAUUAGUGUAAAUUUACCUGCUCCGUAUACUACAUAUAAUGUGAUAGAUUCCGAAUUUUUAAGCUAUGGAGGUUAUAUUUUUAUUACUAAGAGCUCUACAAACACUAGUGAAGCUGGCAGUAUCAAAGGGUUUAUAUAUUACGAUAAUGGAACUCUAUAUGGUCCUUGGGACAUCCCUGAUUUUACAUCCAAUAAUGGAGCGUUUGGUUCAGUCGUCAGUCUUUUACCAGCUCCGAACACAGUCGUUACGCCACCAGUUUCAAUGAUUGGCUUAAUGUACACUAUUCCAGUUAGUAAAUCCACCGGAAGUUUCAAAAUCUGGGAAGUAAACAUCUCUGGAGAUGAUGACAUUUUACGUGGCCAAAUUCCAGCCUCUGAUGUUAGAGUUAAAAUUGACAAUACAAAUGUAACUGUAAGCCUGUUACCAGGCUAUACAACGAGUGGUAAUAAGAAAUAUUACAUUACGGUAGAUGAUGACGCAAUAAAAUAUGCUGCGGCUGAUCAAAAUAUUAAUGGUAUCGACAGAUUAAUAUGGAAUUUUUCUACAUCUGCGGCUACUGAUUUCUCUUCGGGUAAUUAUAAAAUUUUAAAUACUUAUUUCUUGCACCUUCUUGCAAGAAAAUUUGUCUGUGGUGCAUCUACUAUCAUUCGUCUAACCUCCGACGGAACUAAACAAUACGUAAAUUUAUCACCAAAUGAUCAUUCUACAUUUGCCAAAAAUUUGGGUAAUGAAAUUGCCACGGCUCUUGAAUGUGAUUCCUCGCGUAUUAUAAUAUCGACACAUUAUCAAUACAGUAAUUUUAAUAAUUCUGGCGAUCAAAUUUUUAUGCGUGUUAAUAUCGCGCAAGGCCGUCAAGAACUGGAUAGAAGUGCAUCUUACCUUGCUAAUGAUUUAAAUGAAAUGAUCACGUACAAGUCUAUUUCACCAAUUUCCACUGGUACCACCUCUAAAUACAUUGAUCAAUAUAAUGGUGCUUGGCCAUUACCAAACCUAUGGGGUAGAUACAAAUCUACCCUUAUUUGCAUUAUUGUUGGAUUUGUCCUAUUGUGUGCUUUAUGGUACCUAGCGCAUCUUAAGCAUUACAAGGACGAAGUUGCAAAAGAGAGAAUACAGCAAUUUGCAGUAUUCAACUUCCUGGUCACCAUUGUGCCUAUGCUAAUAUUGAUAGAUCUCGUAUUAGAUGUAUUAUUUAUUACUUUUCACGGAAAGGAUGAAAAAUGGAUUUUGCCUUUCAGUAUUAUUUUCUUGGCGGUUCCUAUCGGUUUCUCCGCUAUAUUUACAUCCAUAAUUAUUAAUCGCGAGCUCAAAGAGAAUGAACAGUAUAGAAAAUGGUGGAUGAAGCAUAGUUGCAUUGCGAAGGUUUUAACACUUUUGUCUGUAAUCGAUAGCGAAGCUUUGAACGUGGCAUCUUCACAUGCUUUUAUUGUUUCACUAAAUGCAUCUUAUUCACGAGAAGCAUACUACCGGAUUUUCUAUGCUUCCGUUUUUGUUAUGGUUAUCGAAGACGUACCUCAAUUUAUACUUUUGGUAAUUUAUCAAAAAGUUACUAUCAUCCCAGCCAUCCUUCCGAUUAUAACACUUUCCUCAUGCAUAAUCCUAAUAAUUGUCAGAGUCAUAUCAACGAUAUAUAUGAUGUUCCACUGUGAACAAGAUUAUCUACUCGAUAGUGAAAAAGUGGGAGAAGGCAUUAGGAAAUCGGAAAAGUCACAGCUCCAGUAUGGUCAGGAUAAAGUGUUGAAUGGAGGUUGA